CUCAGUUAAUUUUAAAAGCUUUACACCAUUAUUCCUUCGUCUAUAAUUUUAAAAAGUUUUAUUUUAUUUUACAUUAAACAGCAUAAAAUGGUUUUUAAAACUGGAUUAGUUUGUACUUUGUUGAUUAUUCUGUGUAAUGCCUUUCCCGAUGGAGCACCACCAGACACCUGUGUCAAAGACAGAUUUAAUCAACCAAACCAUGGACAAAGCAGAUCUCAACCAUUGGAAACAAUUCCAUAUCAAAUAGUUGCAAGUUCAGCUUAUUAUGAACCGGGACAAACAAUUUCAUUGACAAUUUCAGGAAAUGAUCUCUUCAGAGGAUUCUUUUUCCAAGCACGUGAUCCAACUACACAAGAAUGGAUUGGUGAAUUUGUUGAAAGUCCUAAUACAAAAGCAAUUCCCGAGUGUGCUUCAGUCACGCAUGCAGAUAACAGGGACAAAACACAAGCAGUUGUUGUUUGGAAAGCACCGGAUCAUAAACAGGGACAAGUUUUCUUUACAGGAACAGUACUUAAGGAUUACAAAACUUUCUGGAGUAACAUCGUUGCGCAAAUCUCUCAACAAUAAAAAAUAUUUUAAAAUUGUUUCUGCUGUUUAGUCUAUUAAAGUAAUUGUCCUAAAUGAGAAAAUAAAGAUCUUUGCAUGCACCUUUUAAAACCUCAAUUUAAAUUUUUAAAGAAAACUUUUAUUCAAAUUUAGCAAAAAAGAUAAUGAUGAACACUAAUCGUGAUUUGAUUGCACCAUACUCAAG